AUGUCGCACACGGCACCCCACUCGACCGUCGCAUCCGGCAGCUCGACGCCCGUGCCCCCCGCCUCCUCGUCGGAUCCACAACUGGCCGCCACCGCAGCAGCCACCUCCGCGUCCACCGCGAGCGCCACCUCUCUCGACCCCAGCUACACCUACGCCGCCCCGCCCAUCCCCUCGUCGUUCAAGGCGUCGAUCCAGGCCUGGUGGCGCGCAAAACCCGUCGAGGACGCCGCGCACGCAGAGCUGCACCUCUACCGCCCCAGCGGCUACUUUGGCGGCGCAACCGUUGCGAAUGCCCCCGCCGACGACGGACCCCUUGGCGAGGGCAGGGGCCUGGCGCGUGCACUCGAGAGGGCCAGGCAGCAGCAGCGGCAGUCGAGCGGCUCCUCGACUCCGCAAAAGCAGCACCACCACCAGCCCUCUUCCUCAACCUCGGCCUCGACGGAGACGCCCUCUCGCCUCGGCUGGCUAUGGCGCCGACGCCAAGAGGACCGCGUGACGAUUGCCACGCGCGAGGCAGACGACGGCAAGGUGGGCGCCAUCCGCUUUGUCGAUCUCGGCCCGGCCUCGUCGUCGUCGUCGUCGUCGUCGUCUCUGGGUGACGGCUCGACCCUGUCCCGCUUCAAGGAGCGCGUCUACGACACGGCCGCCGCAGCGCACCGCCAUCGCGGCUCCAGCAGCGACGAGAUCCUCAACGACAACCUCGAGGCGCCGUCCGGUCAGCCCGGCGGAGCGACGGCGACAACGGCCGAGGCGCUGGUCAAUGGCGGCGGGUACACUCCGCCGGCGGGGCGCAAGAUCAACAUGCUGGAAAUCGGCCUGCCUUACUCGGAGGCCAACCGGGCACGGAUCGAGGGCGAGACCAAGGUGGUCCUGCUGCACGGCUACGGCGCCGGGACGGCCUUUUUCUUCCAGAACCUGCGCAGCCUGGCGUCGCUGCCCGCGUCGCGCCUCUACGCCCUCGACUGGCUCGGCAUGGGCCGCUCGUCGCGCCCCAGCUUCCACAUCCCGGCGUCGAGCCUCAAGACGACCGAGUCGCGCGUCCUCGCCGCCGAGAGCUUCUUUGUCGACUCGCUCGAAGAGUGGCGCCGCAAGCUCGGCAUCGACCGCAUGGUCCUCGUCGGCCACUCGCUCGGCGGCUACCUCUCGCUCGCCUACGCGCUCCGCUACCCGCAGCGCGUGCAGCGCCUCGUCCUCGUCAGCCCCGUCGGCAUCCCACAGGCGCCCGUCGAGGCCACCGACUCGGCGUCGGCGUCGGCGUCGGCGUCGGCGUCGGCGUCAGCCAAGCAGCAGCAGCAGCAGGGGCAGCAGCAGUCGCAACCGGCGGCGGGGACGGCAACGGCGGACGAGGGCAUCCAGCGCGUACAGGAGGAAGUCAAGAAGCCGCAGCAGAACAUAGUGCCGCCCUCGCGUCAGGCUGGGCACGACCUCGAUGCCAACGCCGGCGCCGGCGCGUCGACGUUGCAGCGCAGCGACACGACCGAGAGCGGGAGCAGCGUAUCGCGCAAAGGCCAAUCGAGCGCGCCCGAACGAUCGACGCACGAGCCGCCGCGCUUUUCAAAGACGUCGCGCACCCUCUUUGCCUACCUGUGGGAGCAGAAUUUUUCUCCCUUUGGUAUCCUCCGAUCCUCGUUCUUCUUCGGCCCCUAUUUCGCAGGCAAGUACACGUCGCGUCGUUUCGGGGCGCUGCCGCAGGACCAGCUGUGGACGCUACACAGCUACUGCCAGGCCAUCUUCAUGAGCCGCGGUAGCGGAGAAUACUGUCUAGCCCACCUCCUCAAACCCGGUGCCUUCGCCCGUCUUCCCAUGGUCGACCGCAUCUCCUCCCUCGCCGGCAUCCCCAUCGCCUUCAUGUACGGCCAGCACGACUGGAUGGACGUAAGCGGCGGUCGACGAUGCGUUCGUAUCCUCAACGCCAACCGCGCACACGACCAGCCUAGAUCUUCCUGCUUCGUCGUCCCCUCGAGCGGUCACCACAUCUACCUCGACAACGCCGACGCCUUCGAUACCCUCCUCCGCGACGUCCUCGAGGGCAACGCCGACUGA